AUGCGCGGGUAUCAGGUUGAGGGGCUCCGGUGGAUGGCCGAACAGCACGACGAGGGCGCAGGGAUUAUUCUAGGGGACGAGAUGGGGUUGGGAAAGACCCUCCAGGUGCUCUCUUUCCUAGUCUUCCUCAAGGCUGUAAGGCAGGAGCCCGGCCCACACCUCGUCGUGGCCCCGCUCUCAGUCAUGAACAGCUGGGUUUGCGAAGCCCAGAAGUGGUGCCCUAGUCUCAAGGUCGUCACGUUCCAUGGGUCCUCAGCUGGUGAGGAGGAGGAGAAGAGAGAGCGGCUGCGGCACGAGGUCCUGAACAAGGGCAUGUUCGACAUUUGCAUCACCACCUACGAGAUGCUCGUGGCGGACCAGCACGCGUUUGUUGCGAGGUCAGUGUGGAACUAUGUGGUGCUGGACGAAGCGCAUCGUAUGAAGAACGAGAACACCGUCCUUGGUCAAGUAGUCCGCAAGCUCCACUGCUGCAACCGUCUCCUCAUCACCGGGACUCCCCUGCAGAACAACCUCCAUGAGCUGUGGAGCCUCCUCAAUAUCCUCUUCCCCGACGUCCUCCAUUCCUCUGAGAUGUUCGACGCCGGGUUCCGCAUCAACCAGCUCUACCACAACAGCAGCAGCCAGGGAGUAGUCGACGCUGCUCUGAUAGAAUGUGCCCAUUCCCUCCUCGAGUCCCUGAUGCUCAGGAGGCUGAAACGAGAUGUGCUCAGCCAGGAGCUGCCCCCCAAGAUCGAGAAGAAGAUAGUCGUUCCACUGUCAGAGAUGCAGAGGUUUGUAUACGCUGGGAUCCUCAAACAGGACAUCGACAAGAUCCUUCAGCUGUCCAAGGGCAGCACAGACCCUGCAUCCCCCAAGAAGCUCGGCAUGCACUACAGCUCGCUCAACUCGAUGCUGAUGCAGCUGAGGAAAGUUUGCAACCAUCCCUUCCUCCUGCCUGAGCUCGACCCGAUGGUCACCGACCAGCGGAUCGUUGAGACGUCGAGCAAGCUGCAGGUCCUGGACAAGAUCCUGACGAAGCUGCAGCAGGAGGGUAGGAAGGCGCUCAUCUACUCUCAGUUCACCUCGAUGCUCGACCUCAUCGGCGACUACAUGCGCUUCCGCAACUACAAGUUCCUCCGGCUCGACGGCUCGACGCCAGCGGCGAGGAGGAGGUACGAGAUCGCGUGCUUCGAGAACCCCCGGAGCCGCUUCUUCGUCUACCUCAUCUCGACCCGCGCCGGAGGCCUCGGCAUCACUCUCAUCGCAGCAGACACCGUCAUCAUCUUCGACAGCGACUGGAACCCCAGCGCUGACCUCCAGGCCAUGGACCGCGUGCACAGGAUAGGACAGAAGAAGACCGUUCACUGCUAUAGGUUGGUCACACAGGGCACGGUGGAGGAGAGGAUCGUACUGGCGGCAGAGCAGAAGGCGUUGAUGAAUGCGCUCGUCAUGCGC